ACGACGAAUGCUCGCGCAGGAGGCGGGAAACAAGGAGCCAAUCAGCGGCCGGCAGAGUGUGAGAACGGGUGCGAAACGAAGUAAAAUGCUAAUAGGAGACAGUGAAGUAGGAAGAGGGAAGUAGCUGCCGCUUCUCUGAGAUCAUGGCUGGAAGUGUGAGUCUGGAGCUGGACCCGGUUUUCCUAAAAGGUCUGAGCUACCUUCACUCCAAGAGCAAAGACUCAGCGGAGAAGCUGAAGGCUCUGCUGGACGAGUCCCUGUCCAGAGGAAGCGAUUCAGUGUAUCGUUCUUCACUGAAGGAAGUCGAGCUUUCCAAAGUGUCGGUGCCCAAACUGAUCAAACAGGACUCCAAAUCCACAUCUGGCUCAUCCUCGUCAUCUUCCUCAUCUUCCUCAUCAUCGUCCAGUGGUAAAUCCAGCAGCUCAGAGAAGAGCAAGAAAGAAGGAGAGAAAAGACCUGCUGAGAAGGUGAGGCUGGAGAGUGGAGAUGCAGUCGAUCCGCCCAAAAAGCCACGUCUGGAUAAAGUGGAAAAUCGUGCGUCCCCUAUCGCCUUCCAGUCGAAGGAAAUUCCUAUAGGAGACUUUAACUACAGUGACGAGACCAACGCUGACGACUUUGCCAUGGAGAUGGGAUUAGUGUGUGUCGUGUGCAGACAGAUGACUGUGGGUCCGGGGAACCAGCUGGUGGAGUGUCAGGAGUGUCACAACCUGUACCAUCAGGAGUGUCACAAACCUCAGGUGACGGAUAAGGACGUGAACGAUCCGCGGCUGGUGUGGUACUGCGCACGCUGCACGCGCCAGAUGAAGCGCAUGGCUCAGAAAACACAAAAACCUCCUCAGAAAGCGAGUCCAACUGUAACGUCGGUCACGCCGGUGGUUAAAGACCCGCUGGUGAAGAAGGCGGAGCUGAAACCCAAACCAGACACAACAGGAUCUUUUCAGGCCUUUAAGAGGACAGAGGUCAAGGCGUCAUCUGCGGCACUGGUGAACUCGUCCAGCAGUGUGUCAUCUCUCCCUUCGGGGAGCGCUCUCACUGGUUGGGCCGCCUUCACCAAAACCACCGCUUCAGCUUCCUCCGGAACCAAACCAGGCCUUGCUAAGCCCCUCCCUUCCUCCACCAGUUCAAAGCCUGUUGGUCUGUUUGCGUUGGGCACCAAAGCACAAACAGGAAGUGGAAAUGGGAACAACGGAGGUAACGGGAACACCGCGGCACAGCUGAAGCCACCGCCCCCUCUCACACUCGGGAAACCGGUUCUAAGUCGUUCUGGAAGCGGGGACAAUUCUGGAAAAUCAGGCUCCUCCUCACCCGGGGCGAGCGGCUCCAGUGGUGCCGGGGGCAACGGGGGCUCAAACGGAGGAGGCAACGGGGGCAGCAGCAGCUCGAGCAGCAGCAAUAGUAACACCACCAACAGUCAGAAAGCAUCAGCUGACGGCAAAGCACCAACAUCACAGGAGUCUCAGCUCAACGCCAUGAAGCGCCUGCAGAUGGUGAAGAAGAAAGCAGCACAGAGGAAGCUGAAGAAAUAAACACAGCAGAGAGAGAGAGAGAGAGAGAGAGAGAGAGAGAGAGAGAGAGAGACGAAUGAAGUGAGGCGAGUGAGAGAAAGAGAGAGUCUGAAAUAAAUGAUAACCAUUUUCUUAAAACACGGGAGAGACAGGUUAUGAUAGUAAGACAACCCUAGCUGGAAAGAAAAGAAAUAGACAAACUAAUCAAUAAAAAGGCAGACGAGUGCAUUUUGUUUGUCUGUCUGUCUUUAGGCAUAUUGACAGAGACUGAGGGACAGAAAAAGGACAGGCAGGCAAACGAUCCAAGAAAGAAACCCAAACGAAUAAUAAUCACAGUGAAGGAGAAAGGGAAAGGAAAUACGGUUCAGCACUAAUACUUGAAAAUGUGUGUGUAGAAGCUGCUUUUGUGUGUGUGUGUGUAAGUGGUGUGUAUGAGUGUAUAUAAGUGGUGUGUGUGUAUAAGUGGGUUGUAUGAGUGGUGUGGGUGUAUAAGAGGUGUGUGUGUGUGUGUGUGUGUGUGUGGGGGGCCUGUCUGUGCCUUGUUUGUCGUAAAGCUGCAGCACUGACCCACUUGUACUUUUAAUAAACAUCGUUAAUAAACCAA